AUGGAUGACACAGAACAUGAGUGGCAAGUAGAUCUGCCUGUAACUAAUUCGUUAUCUACUCCUAUAGCAGCAAUGGUAGACCCAGGCAUUAAACAAAAAAUUUGGCAAGAUAAAUAUAUUGAUCUUUCUUUAUUGUUACCACAAAAUUGUUUAGCAAAUUCCAAGAAAAAUGGCUUGCAGUUUCAAGUGUCUGGGAAUUCAACCAUGUCACUGGUUCCUAACAGGCCUAGGUUUAUUAUUUCAUCUAUUGAACAGUGGACAACAGCUUUUUUAAGAUUUAUGGCAAUUUAUAGUGAAAAAUUCCCAGAGUCCACUGCUUACUUGGCGAAGCAUGCAGAACUUGUUAGGGAUUUGGCUUCCACGCAGUCAAGUAACAAUACUUGGCUGACAUAUGAUCAGCAAGUCCAUAUGGACAGACAAAUAAGAGGAGUGCCAUGGCAUAGUUUAAACAUGGAAUUCUAUAUUAUAGCAACAAUGCCCCAACAGGGGAGUCCCCAGGGAUGUCGUCCUUUUCGGUUUUCAACGAACGAAACGUUGCCAAAAGGGGUGUGUUGGAACUAUAAUAAAGAUGGAUUUUGUUGCAUCAAAGUUUGCAAAUUUGCCCAUCGUUGCUGA